AUAGGAGCAAUGAUGGGGGGAAUGCAAUGAAUUUUGGGGUGGCUCAAAAUGGACAUGUUGAAGAUGGUAUCAUUCAUGUGGUGUCUGAUAUUUCAGAAGAUAGUUUAUCAGCUAGUUCUGCUACGGAAUCUUAUGUUAGUGCAGAAUCAAACUCGGCUGAAGCUGGAGAAGGUCCUGCAAUAGAUAAUGCAGCGUUUCUAGGGGAAGAAUCAGACCCUCAAACUCCAGAAAAUUAUCACCAUCCUGUCAGGUUUAAUGAAGGCGGACAUAUUUUACCUCAAAAUACUUCAACUUUCCCUGGAGACCCCUAUCAUUCAUAUUAUCCAUCUCAACAGCAAGCCUUCAACCCGAGGUUUCAUAUGAGAGCUCCAUCGUUGUGUAGUGACAGUAGUGGUAGUAAUCUUUCUGAGGCUGGUUUGGAAGGUAAUUUAGGUAGGUUUCAAUCAAGUAUAAGAUUGACUUUCGAAGCUGGGGAACCUUCUAAUGUUCGGCAGCAACUACCUAUGACUAAUCAGACAGGUUUGCUUGGUUCAUGGCCCAGACCUUUUGUUGAGUUGCAGCAAACAGUUAAUGAAUUGGCAAAUAUGGAUAUUUAUUCUGCAGGGAAAUUUGGUGACUCUGAUCGUGCACGAAUGUAUAUUCCAUCCCGUGGUUUCUCAGACACAUUAGCAAGAAGAACUACUCAUGUGCAGCCACCUCCAAAUUUAAACAUUCCAGGAACCUCAACUGGCAUAAAUGAUCUGUAUGGGUUGACUAGGGGUACUUCAGAUCCUUCAACUCCUGUUAUUUUUAAGCAGUAUUCUCCAGGUGUUAAUAAGGACGCCCAAGAUGUUAAUCAAGUGUCUACUCCCAUGUUGUUUAAAGCUUCACCAACAGCUAUGAUUGUGUCAAAAAAAAGGAAGCAACCACUCACCUUUACGCGAUCACGUUCUUAUGAUUCGAAGGCCCAUUUUGGUUACUCUGGUUCCAGUUGGUCUCAUAAAAGGCAUAAAAGCUUUGAUGAUCUGAAUAAUCUUGCUGAUGUUGAUCCAGUUUCAGUGAAACAACUUUCAGCUAUGUUGCAGAAUGAUUUUGUUAGGAUUAACAACAGGCUUGGUGAACUUGGCCAGAAGCGUCGCUUUGAUUUUAAUUCAACCUCUCCUUCUAAAAAAGCCAAGCCAACCUUAUCCUUGUCUGAAACUAAAGCGGAGGCCUUGCCUUCUACCAAAAAAUGAAAGCUGUUCUUUGGAACUGUAGGGGUGUUAAUGAGCCUGACUCACCCAAGUUACCCUACAUUUUGUGGCUUUUGCGUACUUACAAUCCUAGUUUUUUGUUUCUUUCAGAAACUAAAAUGAAUGUACUUAAUGUAGUAGAUAAGAUGAAGUUGUGCAACCCCUCCUUUAGUUGUGGAGUAGAUCCAGUAGGGACAAGUGGUGGCUUGGCAGUUUUUGGUUGGAGUCCUUUUGUCAUUACUUGUGUAGUUAGUAGUACUAACUUUGUACUUUGUAAAGUUGAAGAAUCUAGUGAUAUUUUCUACUA